AUGCUGAACAAGAAGACAUUCGUUGCACUGGCCCUGGCGCUGGCUGUUGUUUAUCUGGCUGAAGCCAGGGAGGAGGGCCCUCACGAUAUGGCUGACGCACUUCGAAUGCUGGAAGAACUCGAUCGCUACUACACCCAAGCUACCAGACCGAGGUUUGGUAAGCGCUCGGAUGCGUACACGAACUGGGCGAAGGAUUCGGAA